UAAUUAUAGCAAGGAUAACUUUCUCUUUCUACAACAUGACGAUUUCGUUGCAUCGUUCCACGUAUUAAAACUGAAACUCCUUAUUCAUAACACUAGCUCAGGCUCAGUUUACGUUUAUGGUGAAACGUGGGCAGUUAUUGAUAUACAUGAACGAGGCAUACUGGAGGUUGACGGCAGCGAACAAACACAUACACUGAUAUGUAAAAACAUCAAUGAUUUUAUCGAUAGAACGCCUAUAUCAUCUUUCAAAGAGAAGCAGCGAGAAUAUCUGUUUAUUAAACAUACCAUUCCACUACAGUAAUAAGCACUACCAAUGAAAAUGGAAGAAUUUGCUAUCUUCCGAAUUUGUGAUUCGCGACGUACAAACAGAUGUAUAAUACCGGCACUACCAAACAUACAAAGCCUCUUAGAACAAGGUAAGUAAUAUUGUUACCACGACAUAUAUGUUAAUAAUUACCUUUUAUAUUUGCAGGGUCAAUUGCAUUGCAGAAAAAUGUCGAUCAAAUCCUUAUGGAAAGUGAUGGUUGUAAAAUAACCACCGAUCUCGUGCUUGGGGUUUUUCAAGACCAGCUCAUGAUGCUACUAAGCCCAGGAGAGUAUUGGAAACCGAAACAACAGGCGCACUCCAGUGUCUACUCGAAUGAAAAUGGCAAUGAAGUUCCCGAUUGUAACGAAGAUGAAGUAGAAGAAUCGUUGCCAAAUGUAGCUCAGCAAGAUGGUUUCAAUGAAGAAGUAGAACUACAGGAAUCAGCAACUGAAACACUCGAGACACACCAAGUUCAAAAUACAGAUCAGAUGGCUACACAAAUGAUAAUUGAUAUUCAUGACGAUAAGCUUUCGCAAUGCUUCGAUACGGCACUGGAUGAAGUGGAUUACAACAGCAAAUGUGCGGACGAUCCGUUGGCAGACUUCGACGAAAAUCAAUCGCCUAAUACAAGCAAAAAACGGUCCCUCAAUGCGAUUGUAGUCGAGAGAAAUAAGAAGAAAGUUUCUGUGGAUAUGAAAUUUGAAUCAUUCGAAAUAAAUUGGAGUAAAUUGAGCGAUAACUUACUUACGGAGCUAAGAAAAAAGCAGGAUUUCAAAAAUAAAAACCCGAAACUUAAGGUACCCAGAAUGAUGCGGAUCAGUAAUGCAGAUACAAAUACUCUUGUGAACAUUAUAGUUGAUCAAUUGCGGGCUAUAGACACGAACGUUCGUGCAGAUACUAUGGAAAGCGUAGCGAAGCAAAUAUUAUCCAGAUAUCCUUGUCUGGAGUUUGAGGAUGACGAUGGUUUCGGAGCAGGCGAAGGCUACGUAUCAUUAAAGUAUAAAAUGAUCAACAGGAAUGCCUAUCUAAAUCGAUUUAAGGAUCCAAAUAAACCAUCAACUUCUCGUUCAGAAAAAGUAAAGUUGAGGAAUGUCAGAGCUGGAACAAUUAAAGAAUAUUGGACCGAAACAUCGCCGGACUGUACGAAGGACAUUAAGUCUAUGCUUUUGCGCGAAGAGCCACAUCUGCUCACAGAUGAAUUUAUGAGCAAAUCUCAAGCAUAUCUAAGAUAUGUUUUAGAUGAAAAACAAGAUCUUAAAAGUACGUUGAAACAGUUCCCCAUAGUUCGUUGCACAAAGAUUUUGAAUUUUCAUUUUACGAAAGCAACAGGAGUUGACGUUUCAGACCUUCGGAAAUAUUAUUCAUCUAAGAAAAGUAAAAUCAUUAAUUACUCUCUGACAUGCCGGCGUGGGUAUCGUCUGAAAAAUAAUGCAACAGAUCUCGAAGUGUUCAGUUUCCUCGCUUCAUUGCUCGGAGAAAAUAUCGACAACCUCAUCAUACAAAAAGAGAUUGGCACACAUAUUGACGAUAUUUCAAUUGAUGUAGCAGGACCAGUCCUCGUUUGUGUUGAUCUUGGAGCAGACAGAUUCGUAUACUACGUGUAUGCGGAAAAUUUACGUCUAAAUGAUGGAGCUGAUAAUAUCAUUGAUGGCCUUGAGAAUUUGAUGGCAGUAUACUACGUACACAAUUUUAUGUACGUUACCAGCAAUGGGAAGUUUCUGGAAUUUGUUCAGCAAUAUUUCCUCAAAAUUAUUCCACUGCUGGGAUCAAAGAGCACUGCAACAAGAGUAGGACGACGUCAGCGCGUCGUGCGGAAGAUCAUCACAGCUCUUUCGGAACAUGAAAUUGUCGACCAACAGAACAAAUGAAGCAGCAAUUUGCGAUAGUCGAGCUCAAAAGACAACUUUUACACAAAAUUUCUAAGCGCAUUAUAUGCAUAUAUAAAUGAUCUUUUCUUUUUAAAUUCGCAUUGGAAAAUAUUAAAUAAACUGAAGUACAUAGUUUACGAAUUCAUCAGUUAUCCGAAGCAACCAUAUUGAUUUCUUUGUUCGUUAAUUGUCAACAAGCCUAUAAGAAAUGGUCUAUUGUAGAUUUCGGUUAUGCAAUAUAAUUACAUUGAAAAUUCAG